GCAAACUAAGCCAGCUUCAGCUACAAAAGACCAUAAGCCUCGAAAGUUCUCUCACUACUUUUUCAUAUAAAUUUUAGGGUAUAAAUCAAGAAAGAGAGAAAGAGAAAGAGAUCUAAAUAGAGAGAGAGAGAGAGAGAGAGAGAGAGAGAGAGAGAGAUGGGAUCGGCGACGUUCUUAGAGGUGGUACUGGCAAUUCUCUUGCCUCCUGUUGGUGUCUUCCUCCGCUAUGGCUGUGGGGUGGAGUUUUGGAUUGACCUUUUGCUUACCAUAUUGGGGUACAUACCAGGCAUAAUUUAUGCCAUUUAUGUGCUUGUUGCAUAGUACCUUCCCCAUGAAGAGAAUGAUUGAAGCUUUGAUUGAGAUGCUUGAUUCAAGUUGGUGUUUUUUAAGACAAUAAAUAUGUAUUUGUUAUUUCCUUCUAAUUAUCCCUUGUGAUCUUCAUGAACUUUUGUUUGCAUGGUAAAUUUUUAUUAAUUUCCCCUUCCAAUGCUUAAAUUUGCAAAAUUGUGUUUAUUAAUUAGCCAUAUAUGCUUCUUAUUAUCAUCUGGCAUUGGAAAAUUGUAUUUUGGUUGAGUUUCUAAUUAGAAAAAUGGAAUAAAAGUAGACUUGUGAUCAAUCCCACAGGAUUAAGUCGCUUGUGGGGU